CCUCAAUCGCCCAAAAUCUAUUCCUUUCAAAGGAAUCAUAAGCCAAGAAACAAUAAAUUAUGUUAUUAGAAACAUCAUCGAUCGACAAACAUUAGAAAAAAUCAAUCAAACAGUUGUCUUACCUCUUCAUCAGCUUAUUGCACCAAGCAAAAAUCGAAGAGGACACCAAAUUCCAAGACCUCAAAAUAGUUUUGUAUUAUACAGAAGAAACUUAAGUGCAGUAAUUAAUAAAACAAAUGAUGCGACAAACAAUCUUGCAAGUAAUAAAACAAAUGAUGCAACAAACAAUUUUAAAUUUAUUUCAAAAGAAGCAGCCAAAAAUUGGUCAAAAGAAAGUAAUGAGGUUAAGCAAUUUUACGAAUUAUUAGCUGAUUGUGCAAAGCAAGUUCAUAAUAUGGCGUAUUCUCAUUAUAGUUAUAAACCAAAGCAUAAGAAAUUUAAAUAUCAUUUUAAAGUACUAAAAUCAUCACUUGCAUCCCAGGACAUACCUUGGGCAUGUCCUUUUCCAAAAAACUUAGAUACACGAAAAAAAUCAUGUACAUCCCCGAAAAUUACCUCUCCGAUUAUAGAAGUUGAUAGAAAUUUUACAGAAUAUGAUAAAAAAGUGUGGAGUUAG